ACAUAACCUAAAAAUACAAAUCAAAAAAAAUUCACAGCAAGAAAUGAAUGUUACCCAAUGUCCCAAAGUUCUGUUUAUUGAGCCGUUUUAUGGGGGCUCCCAUAAAGCACUAAUAGAUACGUUUGCGGAAAGUUUAACAGAUUACGGAGUUAUUACUUUGCCUGCAAAGAAAUGGCACUGGCGUGCACGUUGUGGUGCUUUAAGUCUACUUGAGUUUAUACCACCUGUUACCUCAGAAAAAAUACUGUUUUGUAGUUCAGUAUUAAAUUUAGCUGAAUUAUUAGGUCUCAGACCUGAUUUACAGCCUCUGAAGAAAAUUGUCUAUUUUCACGAAAAUCAGUUAAUUUAUCCAGUUAGAGAUAUCAAAGAAAGGGACGUCCAGUACUCAUACAAUCAAAUAGUUACAUGCAUAGCCGCAGAUGUUGUUUUGUUCAACUCCUACUUUAAUCAGACCUCAUUUCUGGAAAACAUUAAUAAAAUCACAAAACUUUUACCCGAUCGGAGGCCCAAAGACUUGAAACAGAAAAUUGAAAGCAAAUGUCAGGUUUUGUAUUUUCCGAUGGAUUUUUGUCACAUCUCUCAACUCGACAAAGUAUUACAAACAAACGUAUUACAUAUUGUUUGGCCUCACCGGUGGGAGUUUGAUAAAGGCCCUGAAGAUUUUUUCAGCGUGUUAAUGAAACUAAAGGAGGAAAAAAUUCCGUUUAAAUUAUCUAUCUUGGGGGAAAAUUUUACAGAUAUUCCUCCGAUUUUUACCACGAUUAAAUUAGUUAUGAAGGAGGAAAUUGAAAAUUUUGGUUAUGUGCAGUCUAAAUCUGAUUAUUACAAUAUUUUGGCUUCGGCUCAUGUUGUUGUUUCCACAGCCAAACAUGAAUUUUUUGGUGUUGCUUUGUUGGAAGCUGUUUAUUGUGGCUGUUAUCCUCUUGCGCCAAAUUUGUUAGUUUAUCCGGAAAUAUAUCCUCCGGAUUGUUUAUAUGCAGACCUUGAAGAUUUGCAAAAUAGAUUAAAGGCAUUUUGCUUGGAUCCGUCUCUAGUUCUUGAGGCUAGAAAACAACUAACUAUCGAUUUUGACAAAUAUUCAAGUAAAACAGUUGUGCCAAAGUUUAAACAAAUAAUAAACAAUUUAAUAUAUGUUUUUUAUUUUAUUCAAAGGAAAUUCCUUACAAGUUGA